AUGGAGUCCGGCCAGAACCACCAAAAGGGCGCUUUGCCGUCCCAUGCCAAGGGAAAUGGCGCCAGCGCAAAUAACGGCAGCUCGCAGAGUGGGAACGGCUCCGUACGUGGAGGGCGUGGAGGACGUCCUGCUUAUGCGCAGUCGCUUCAGUGUCAGAAGCUUUCACCUGAGGAGAAGGCAGCUUUCAGUGCAGACUGGAAGCAGCUGCAGCAAGACGAUAUCUCAUCUGCCGAUUACUAUUUUAACUCUUAUGCCCACUUCAGUAUUCAUGAAGAAAUGAUCAAGGAUUCUGUCCGCACGUGCAGCUAUCAGCGGGCCAUCAUGGACAACCAGCACUUAUUCAGGGGAAAGGUAGUGCUGGACGUGGGCAGUGGGACGGGAAUUUUAUCUCUUUUCGCAGCCCGUGCUGGGGCUAAGCAUGUUUAUGGUAUUGAGUGUUCAGAAAUAGUGCGCAUAGCCCGCAAAGUGGCGGCAGCUAAUGGACUGGAAGAUCGUGUGACAUUUGUGGAGGGGAAGGCGGAGGAAAUUGAACUGCCGGUGGAGAAAGUAGAUAUUAUUGUCUCCGAGUGGAUGGGCUACUUUCUUCUCUACGAGAGCAUGCUGGAUACAGUCAUAUUCUGCAGAGAUAAGUGGUUAGCAGAGGACGGACUGAUGUUUCCGGACAGAGCGCACCUCUACCUUGCAGCCAUUGAGGAUGCUGACUACAAAGAAGAAAAGGUCGGGUACUGGGACAAUGUGUACGGCCUUGACUUCUCUUGUGUCAAGACCUGCAUCAUGGAGGAGCCCAUUGUUGACACUGUGGAUGAAGGCGCAGUUGCGACAACGUCAUGUUGCGUACUGGAGAUUGAUCUCGCAACGUGCAAGCCUGAGGACUUGGACUUUUGUGCUGCAUACAGUAUACAGCUGCGCCGCAAGGACUUCCUUCACGCUUUCGUCGCAUGGUUUGACGUCGUGUUCAGCAAGUGUCAUAAGCCUGUAAUUCUGAGCACAUCUCCGCACAACCGCUACACGCACUGGAAGCAGACCGUGUUCUACAUGGAACAUGUGCUUGUCGGCGAGGUAGGAGAUACGGUAAAGGGCUUGAUCGCCGUCAAGAAGAACAAGAAGAACCCAAGGGAUUUGGAUAUCAAGAUAUCCUACGAGUUUCAAAACCGCCACACCCUAAAGCCUAUUAGUAACACCCAGUUCUACAGACUACGGUAG